GUUGAAUCUAUUAUGUAAUAAAAUGCAAAUGAAUACUAGCAAAAAAAUACGUACUGAUGUACCUGAACGAAAAAAUGAAAAUAAUAAGAAAACAGAGUUUGUUCAUUGUAACUCCCUCCAAACAACUACACUUUGCCAUCAAAUUAAAAAUUUACCUUCCUCUGCAGGAAAUCUUGUAGCAAAUUUGGCACAAUUACAACCGAACACAGCUUUAAAAAUCCUUCCCGCGACCGCGUAUCGGUUUUCCCCAGAGCAAAAGCUGCAGAUACUUUUUGAGGUUGAACGCGAGAUACGAAAUCAUGCGGAAGCUUUGACGCAACAACUGGCAAUUGAAGACAGGGAAAAUGAAGAGGAUACUUCACCCUUUUAAGAAAAGAAUUCUUAUGUUUUCUACCAUGACCGUGGUAAAAAUUUAACUAUAGGUCUUUAUUAAAGUGACAGAACAAUAUUGCUGUAACAAUUUUUUAUUGUUUGUAAUUUUUUAACAUUGCAUUUCAAUGUUUUUAUAGAUUCUUUCAAUUUAUUGUUUUCAAAUCUAUGUGGAAUAUUACGUUAGAAUGUGAUUAAAUUAGGACUUUUCAAUCUUUCACAAAAACCAAAAUGUAAACAAAUGUAAAAAAAACGGAUCCUUCAAUUUUCCAAAACAUCACCUCCCAUUACUCUGUCUAUAAUAUUUAUAUAGUUUGUUUUGACUUAUAAGAACAAGAAGAAACAACAUUAUGUAUUAUGAUUUAAAAUUAUACGUUAAAAUGAAGCACGAAGGAAGAAUACUGAUACUCUUUGGAUAAAAAAAAGUUUAUUUAAUACUUUAUAAAUAUGUCAUAUUUUUUAUACGCCUACAAGAUUACUGUGCUCUGGUUUGAAGACAAAAGUAGGAAAAACAUUUUAUAGUAUCUGCACAACUCAAUUUUGAAGAAAAUGAAACCUGACGAUCCUGUGUAUGCAGGAAUAAAAAUUAUUAGGAUGAAGGCUGUAUUAAAACUGGUGUCAGGCUUUUAAUUACUUUAAUAAAACUGGUGAAAUCUAUCUUUAUAUAUAAAAACAUAAUAUGCAAGCUGCUAUAGAAGCACGGUAUCCCGCAUCCAAUUACUCUUAUGAUGAGGUCGAAGAACUUGUUCUUGAUGGAUGCAAAAUAAAAAAAAUUUCAAAAGAAGAUGGUGUUUUUCUUAGUCAGUUUAAAACAUUGACCUCUUUAAGCUGUAGUCGCACUGGAUUACUUUCAAUUGAAAACUUCCCCGAGUUACCCACAUUAACAGUAUUAAUACUACUAGACAAUUCAUUGUCAACAACGCACUCUCACUUGGAUAUUCUUUCGACCUGUACUCCCAACUUACGUGUUCUCCAGUUGGCCGGAAAUCGACUGAAUGACAUUCAUUUAUUUAUUCAAUAUUUAACUCCAUUAAAGCAUUUAGAAGUUCUUGAUGUCGAGAUGAAUUGCUUUAAUAAAACAAAAGAAGAUAAUGCGUUUGUUUUUUCUGCAUUAUUCGAAAAUCUUCCUGAACUCAAAGUACUAGAUGGACGCGAUAAAAAUGGCCAAGAUGUUGAUGAUGAAGACGCAGAAGAAGACGAUGAAGAUGACGAAGAAUCUGAGAAAGAUGUUGAUGAAGAUUUAGAGGACGAAGAGCUUGUGGACGAAAUUGGUGAUUUAGAAAAAGAAGAGGAUGAUGACGAUAAAACUGACGCCACUUUUCUUUCCGAUUGUCGAGCGAAUUUAAAAGCUUUUUAUGAAAAAGAUUACACAAAAGAAAAUGAGGAAGAAGAUGAUUACUUUAAUCCUCUUGAUGAUGGAGACGACGAGGACGAGGACGAGGACGAUGAGGAAGACGAAGACGAUGAGGAAGAAGAAGAAAACGACGAUGACGAAGACUACGAAGAGGAUGACGAUACUAAUACAGAGGCAGAUUUGAAAAAUUCCAUAUAUGUAGUUAAUGAUAAGUCAGAAUCCAGUGAACCAAAGUCAAACGACAACAACUUAAAGGAUACUCGCACUUUAAAGAAACAGCGUGUUUAAUACAACGCUUUUAUCCAGGCUUAUUAUUUACGAAAAAGCCAUAAGAAAAACUUGUUUUCUCAGCAUAAUAAAAACUUUAACAUAUCCAUUUGAUCUUACCGUUUUUAAAUAAAAACAAGUUAAAUUAAGUUUUUUUCGUGUUGUACAAAACACAAUAAAAAAGGUAGCAUACAUUUGUUUUUGUAAAAUUGUGACUUUUUAGUCAAUGCACUAAGCCCUAUAUUCGUUUCCAUAAAGCAAACAAAUCAUUGCAGUUUUUUUUUAAAUACUUCAAAUUUUUCUUUUUUAAU